AUGGCACAAGUUGAAUCUUACAGCAGAAACUUUAUGCAGUAUUGUAAGAUAGUGGAUGAAGCUAAAAUUAUGAAUAUCAGAAUCUCAAAACUACAAAGAGAAUUGUCUUCUGAUGAUUUUAGGAAUAUUCUAGAUAAGUAUACAUGUGAUAUCAAAGAAAUAAUAUGCAUGACUACCGAAAGACGAAUCCAUAUGAUUAAGGUCAAAAGUUUUAACUAUCAGACAGACUGUCUGCCAUAUUUUGAAGGCCUGCUUAAUAUAAUAAGUUCAUCUCUGAAUACUCUAAUUGAAGCAAGGAAUACAUAUCUUUUAGAUGUGGUCCAUUCAGCAUUUACAAAGCUGAACAAAGAGCUAACAACAGCAGAAGAUUUUAUUGAGCAUUUGACUUUGUUGAACCAAACUUCUGAAUCACUACCAGUACUGGAGGCUCAAUAUAACAAUCUCUCCCAACUCUGUUGUAUUGCAAGAUUAUAUGCUAUCUUUAUUCCAGCUGAGCAGUUUGCCCUAUAUCAGACCCUUUCUCACAGCUUGCAUGAUCUUAAAUCAACUCUCUUAAUUUGUGAAAAAAAGAAGAAUGAUAAUAUUAUAAAAUUCAGUGGAGAUUUGGAUGGAUAUAUUGACAGUCUACAGUUUGAACUUAAGAAAUUUAAAAACAAAGUUAGAAACCCGGUCCUCCUCCUCAGUGAAACACUGCCUAAGACAGCUAAAGAAAUGAUCCAAAAUCUUGUGGAAGAAGCUGCAGUCAUUUAUAGCAAAACCCGAAGUUAUGUUAAGUACCAGGAUUUCUUCUACAAUGCAAUUGCUGACAUGAGAACAGCAUCCUUGGAAAAGAUGUCACAGAAGAGUCAAGCUGGUGAUUCAAGUGCUCAGAGAGUCACCACAGAGCUUUCUGAGAUUGAAGAUGAAUUAACUUUGCGAAAACUAUUGUGGGAUUCACUUGAGGAAUGGGCAAAGCUUUCUUUUAGGUGGAAAUGCACCCUUUUUGAGAACCUUGAUGUAGAUUUAAUACAAAUGGAAGUUAGCAGAUUUAUACAGAUAACACAGAUACUAGAAAAAGGUUUACCAGAAAAUAAUAUAAUAACAGAUCUGAAGCAGUCAUUAAUUAAUUUUAAAGAAGUCUUGUCUGUCAUUAUGUUUUUAAAAAGUCCACAUCUUCAGCAAAGGCAUUGGGAAAUUAUACAACGUAUUACUGGACAAUCAAUUUCUUGGGAUAAAAAGAUUACCUUGGAUAAUGUUUUGGAACUCAAUAUGAUCCAGUACAAGAAAGAAAUAAAUGAAAUAUCAAUAACUGCUACAAAUGAAGCUACACUUGAAAUAAUGCUGAAUAAAAUAAUAGAUCUUUGGAACAAAACUGAUUUCCAUUUAUCUCCUCACUAUUUUGAAGCUUCAACUAUCAUGAUUAUUUCAUCAGCUGAAGAUAUAAUAGCUCAGUUAGAAGACUCUCAAGUAACAAUUUCAAUAAUUAAGGGCUCCUGCUAUGUUGGACCAAUUAAGAAUCUUGUGGAUGGAUGGGAUCAUAAAUUGAAUCUUUUUGCUCACACUCUGGAGGAAUGGUUACUCUGCCAAAGGAACUGGAUUUAUCUUGAACCAAUCUUUCAUUCUGCAGAAAUACAAAGGCAGCUUCCAGAAGAAGCAACUCUUUUCUCUCAGGUCAAUAACAAAUGGAAAGAGAUCAUGGUACAUACAGAGGAAGACCCAAAUGCUCUUAGGGCAGCUACAGCUGCAGGAGUCCUUGAUAUGCUGCAGACCAACAAUGCACAUCUUGAGAAAAUACAGAAGUCAAUUGAGGAUUAUCUUGAAAUUAAGCGAAUGAUUUUCCCAAGAUUUUACUUUCUCAGCAAUGCCGAACUUCUUGACAUUUUAGCUGAAAGCAAAAAUCCUGAUGCUAUACAGCCUCAUCUUGUAAAAUGUUUUGCAAAUAUAAGGAGGCUAUAUAUACGCAGGCAUGAACAGAACCCUACAGUGGUGGUGAUGAUCAUAUCUGCUGAAGAAGAGACUCUUCAAAUGCCAAAGAGUAUUCGUGUCAGAGGUCCUGUUGAGCAGUGGCUAGGAAAUGUAGAGAGCAGUAUGUUUGAUAUGGUAAAAAGAUUUGUAAACCUUGGAAUCAUAGAAUGGAAUAAAGUGAAAUUUAAACAGUGGUUUCUGACUCAUCCAGGACAAGUGGUACUCCUUGUGAGCCAGAUCAUGUUUAAUAAAGAUUGUACAAGAAGCUUCCAGAGUUCUGACCAAAAAAAGGAAUGCAUGGGUGUUCAUGACAAAUUAGUGCAUUGUCUUGAGCAGCUUGCUGAGAUGGUGUCUGACAUUCUGCCACUUCACAAGCAAACCACACUGGAAGCAUUUCUUACUCUGUACAUCCACUGUAGAGACAUAUUAUCUAGUCUGAUGGAGAAACAAAUCUUCAAACUGGAUGAUUUUGAAUGGACAAGGCAAUUGCGUUAUGAAUGGAGUGAAAUAAAUACCACAUGUAGGGUAGUUCAAGGUAAUGCCUUCUUUGUUUAUGGCUACGAGUACUUGGGCUGUUCUUCUCGGUUGGUUAUUACGCCCCUCACUGACCGAUGCUGGUUAACACUUACUGGAGCACUGCACUUGAAUCUUGGAGGCUGUCCUGCUGGUCCAGCUGGCACAGGAAAAACAGAGACUGUCAAAGAUCUAUCAAAAGCCUUAGGAAAAUUCUGUGUGGUUUUUAACUGUUUUGAAGGUUUGGAUUAUAAGAUGAUGGGAAAACUUUUCUGUGGACUAGUUCAGUCUGGAGCAUGGUGUUGUUUUGAUGAAUUCAAUCGAAUAGAUAUAGAGGUUCUUUCUGUAAUUGCUUCACAGCUUCAGACAAUCAAGGCAGCAAAAGAUAGCCAUAUUGUCAGGUUUGUAUUGGAAGGAAAAGAAAUCCGUAUCAAUACAACAUGUGGAAUCUUUAUUACUAUGAAUCAGGGAUACAAAGGUCGUGUCGAACUCCCAGACAAUUUAAAAUCUCUGUUUCGGCCUGUCUCAAUGAUGGUACCAGACUAUCAACUCAUUGCUGAAGUAAUGUUAUUUUCAGGAGGUUUCAAAUCAGCUCAAUCAUUGUCUGGGAAACUAGUCAAGCUUUACCAGUUAGCUAGCAAUCACUUGUCACAACAGGAUCAUUAUGAUUUCGGUAUGAGAGCCAUAAAGACAGUGUUACUGAGGGCUGGAGAGAAGAAAAAAGAGUUAAAAACAGAAAAUAAUCAAACGGGUCUUCAUGCAGAAGAAGCUCUCAUUAUAAUCAGUGCUCUGAAAGAAACCAAUUUACCCAAGUUUCUUGCAGAAGAUGUCCCACUGUUUGAGAAUAUUAUGGCUGAUCUCUUCCCAGAAAUUGUGGUUCCAAAUACAAAUACUAGCAGACUAGAGAAAGCAAUAGCUGCUGCAACACAACAGCUGUGUUUGCAGCCUUGGCCAUCUCAAAUAGAGAAAGUUAUACAGUUUUACAAUCAAAUUCUGACUCAAGUUGGUGUGAUGUUAGUAGGCCCUACAGGUGGAGGAAAAACUAUUGUUAGAACAAUUUUAGAGACAGCUUUGGUACUUUUACCUACUGUACAUUUGGAAAAAAAUUCUAAUACUGAUCCAGUUUUGCAGAACUCAACAAAGAAGGGAAAAGUAGAAAGCUUUGUUAUAAACCCUAAGUGUGUCAGUCUUGGAGAGCUCUUUGGACAGACUGAUCCUAGCACCAUGGAGUGGUCUGAUGGGCUGUUGGCAUCAGCAGUUCGAACAUUUGCAAAACAUUCCAUCAAAAAAACAAAAAAAAAGGAGGCAAAUACUGAUGCCACCUCAGAGAUUCAGGACUGUUAUACUUUGAACACCUUGGAACAAACCAAUUCUUCAGUGGCAGUAAGAAGCAAACAAGCAACAAAAUUUCCUUAUAAUGACUGUGAAACUAAUAAUGACUGGCAGUGGAUAAUCUUGGAUGGCCCAGUAGACACAAUUUGGAUAGAAAACUUAAAUACUGUUCUAGAUGACACUAGAAUGCUCUGUCUUGCUAACAGUGAAAGAAUUAACUUGCCAUCAAGGAUCAGAAUGAUAUUUGAAGUGGAUAGUCUCUCUCAGGCUAGCCCUGCUACUGUCAGUAGAUGUGCAAUGGUUUUUGUGGAUCCAACUAAUCUGGGAUGGAAACCGUACGUUAAGACUUGGCUAUUGAAGAUCUCCAGAAUCAUUCCACAAAGUGGUGUAAAGGUCCUUGAAAGUUUAUUUGAAGUAAGCAUGGAAAAAGGCCUAAACUUUUUAGAUAGACACAAGAAAAUGCAGCCAUUUCCUGUUCAGCAGAUGGGACUUGUAAUGAAUCUCUGCAGAAUCCUUGGUGCUUUUAUUGAUAUAAUGAGAAAAAAUGGAGGCUUUGGUCACAGUGUGGAAAGCAAGGAUGGUCUUGUAGGUACUUCAAAACUGCCACAAACAGUGGAAUCCAAAGCACUGACUACAAAGGCCACCCUAGAAAAGAAAAGGGAAGAUAAGAAAUGGUUCCUGGAAAAAUAUCCUGACAAACUGCCAUCACUGUUAGGAAAACUCUAUGUAUUUGCAUUUACUUGGGCAGUUGGUGGAGUUUUAAGAAGAGAAGAUGAUUAUGAGGAGGACUCUUUGAUUGUCAUAAAUACCACAGAUGAAUGUCUUGUAAAUGUAACGCGCAGUUUCAAUAAUCUUGUUCGUGAUAUAUUUGAAGGAGAACCACCUACUGGUGUUCAGUUUCCAUCAGGAGACAGGGUUAUCUUUGCUUAUUUUGUGGAUUUACAAACAGGUGAUUUUGCACCAUGGACAGACUUAGUUCCUACCACUCAGUUUCUGAUUCAGCAAGCUACUACAUCCACUUCAGAUCCUCCAACAUCUAGGAGUGAUGAAAUGAAGAGCCAAGGAAGUGAAACUGAGAUUCUUAAAUUUAUUCCAAAUAUGGACACAAUUUGCUAUUCUUUUCUAACAAGCCUUCUUUUAAUGAAUAAACAUCCAGUACUUAUCACAGGAGACUCUGGCAUUGGAAAGACUGCAAUGAUUCAGCACAUGCUUGAAAGACUUCAGAAAAAAGGAGGAUUAUCUGUAGCAUCUGGAACAAUUUUAGGAGAUGUCUUCUUAUACAAUGAAACCAAAAGAGCAAGCCUGUUGAAAAAUACCAGUGGCAUAACAUCUGACAUAUACCGGGGUGCCUGGAGAAAAACAUGGGCCUCAAUUGGAGACUCAGCUUUGAAGUUGAUCCAAAGGCCAUAUUCUGCAACUAGUAAUAUCACAUCAUCAUCUGAAAGUAACCAGGGUGUGAUUGUUACCAAAAUACAGUUUGGUGCCCAUACCAGUGCUGCUCAAACCCAGACAUGGAUUCUUCAGAAAUUAAUCCUAAAAAGUAAAGACGUUCUGGGUGCUCCAAAAUCCAAACAGGUGCUAGUGUUCAUUGAUGACCUGAACAUGCCGAUGCCAGAGGAGUAUGGUGCCCAGCCUCCACUUGAAUCACUCAGGCAAUUUUUAGAUUUAGGAGGAUUUUAUAACAGUAAACAACUUGCAUGGAAGAAUGUCCAGGAUGUCUCCCUGGUAGCAAACUGUGCUCCUACAAGUGGUGGAAGAAGUGAGAUUAGCCCACGUCUUUUGUCACACUUCUCCAUAUUAGCUGUGCCUCAACCUUGCUUACAGUCCUUACAACGUAUUUUCCAGGUUCAUCUGGGAACAUACCUGUAUAACAAUAGAUUCUUAUAUGAGGUCCAGAAAUGCAGUGAUCUUUUAACAUCCUCUUCCAUAGCUAUAUACUAUAAUGUGCGCCACAGAAUGCUUCCUACUCCAGCUAAGUGUCACUACACAUUUAAUCUAAGAGAUCUCUUCAAGGUACUACAAGGAUUGUUGCAAGCCCAUCGGUCAAUUAUUGUCUCAAAAGAAACCACAGCCCUUCUCUUUGUGCAUGAAACAACCCGAGUAUUCCAUGAUCGUCUGACUGAACUUGCUGAAAGAGAGAUUUUUCAUAAUUUCCUGUCAAAUGAACUGUGUAACUAUUUUAAGAUUGUAUGGACCAAAGAAAAACUAAUGGAGGAGUCAACUAUAUUUGCUGAUUUUCUAGAUAUGAACAUGCCUCUUGGAAGUAGGAUUUAUCAAAAUAUCACUAACUAUAAAAAACUUGUUUCUGUCUUGGAAGCAUUCCAUAUGAAAAUGAGUUCAACAAAUAAUGAGACUACAAUGGUGUUCUUUAAGGAAGCUGUAGAACACAUUACAAGAGCUGCAAGAGUUUUUCGACAGCCAGGUGCUCACAUGAUCCUGAUUGGACUGGAUGGAAAUGGGAAAGUAACAUGUGUGACUCUAGCCUGCUAUUUAUCAAACUGCAGUCUUUUUAGGUUGUCUAUUACCCACAGUUAUACUUACUCAGAUUUCAGAGAGGACCUGAAAAAAGUUUAUAGGCAAACAGGGCUGGAGGGACAGAGGACUGUUUUUCUUAUCACUGAUUCAGACAUACUAAAGGAAUGUUUUUUAGAAGAUUUGAGCUAUAUUCUGAAUUCUGGAGAAGUACCUGACUUAUUUGAUAAGGAAGAGGUAGAAGAUAUUGUUGUGAAGCUUACAGCUGUUGCCGAAAAGGCUAACUACUCUAACAGCAGAGAAGCUAUUCUUUCAUUUUUUCUGCAGAGAGUUCAUAGCAACCUUCAUAUUGUUUUGACAUCAAGUCCUGCAGGGCAUAAUUUCCGUCAGUAUUGCCGGACAUAUCCUGCCAUUAUUAAUUGCUGUACAGUUGAUUGGUAUGAGAACUGGCCUGAAGAAGCUCUCCUGCAUGUUGCCAAAAACUACUUAAGUCAAAAGAAUAUUUUUGAAGAAAAUGAGACCUUAACAAACAGGGUUACCUACACGUGUGUUGAAGUCCACAAAAAUAUAUCAACAAUAGUUGAGAGGUAUUUGAAGGAAACUAAGAGGCAUUACUAUGUCACUCCCAGUAGCUAUUUGCAAUUCAUAAACACCUUUUCCAGAAUAUUACAGAUCACAAAAAAGAAAACUCUGAUUAACAGGGAUUGUUUUCAAAAUGGUCUAACCAAGCUUCUGGAAGCAACAUCAUUAGUUGCAGAAAUGCAGGAGGAGUUGUUCAUUCUUGGCCCUCAAAUAGAGCAAAAAUCAAAGGAAACAGAAGAACUUGUGGAAAAACUUCGUAGAGACUCAGUAGUAGUGGAACAGGUUCGAAUGCUUGUUAAACAGGAUGAAGAAAUCAUGGCUGAAGAAACAAAAGUUGUGGAACAAUAUGCUAAGCAAGCUACAGAGGAGCUAAAUGCUGUAAUGCCAACUUUAGAAAAGGCUCUUACUGCUUUAGAUGCACUGGACAAAGCCCACAUUGCAGAACUCAGAGUGUAUAUUCACCCUCCUCCUCUUGUACUAACUGUUAUGAAUGCAGUCUGUAUUCUUCUGCAGAAGAAACCUACUUGGGCAACAGCAAAACACCUUCUUGCAGAUCCAGCGUUCCUCAAAACAUUGGUUACUUUGGAUAAAGAUAAUCUACCAGAAAAGGUAUUUCUGCAGUUGAAAAGCUACAUAAAAUCACCUAAUUUUAGUCCAUCAAAACUUGGACUUGUGUCCAUUGCCUGUUGCUCUAUGUGUCAAUGGAUUUUAGCUUUAGAUCACUACCAUGAAGUUCAAAAGGUAGUGCAUCCAAAACAAGUCCGUGUGACAGAAGCUCAGGAAGUACUGAGGCUAGCUCAUCAAAAACUAGCAGAAAAACAAAGAAGUUUAGCCCUGAUUGAAGAACAUCAGCGGAAUUUAGAGGCAAGAUAUGAAGAGAGUGCAGCUCAGAAAGCAAUGCUAGCAACUCGAAAAGAACUAGCAACUCAGCGUCUGAAUAGGGCAUCUGUAUUAAGCACUGCUUUGGAGAAUGAGAUGGAGCGAUGGAAGAAAGCAGUUAAUAAUUUAGACCAAAAGCUACAUGGUAUCAUGGGUGAUGCCCUUAUUUCAGCAGCAUCCCUAGUCUACAGUGGAGUGUUAACUUCAGAAUAUCGUCAGCAGCUAGUGAAUGAAUGUCUGAGAUUGUGUAAUGAGAACAUGAUUCCCAUGUCACCAAAUUAUUCUCUAAUAGCAGCUAUGACAGAAAAGAAUGAGGUCAGAAAAUGGCAAAAUGAAGGUUUACCGCAGGACCAGUACUCCACUGAAAAUGCUAUUCUUGUCAAGAAUGGGUGGCGAUGGCCUUUACUAAUCGAUCCACAAAAACAGGCUUGUAAAUGGAUAUGUCAAAUGGCAGGGGGCAAGUUGCGACAAAUUCAUGCUUCGGAUUCCAGUUACUUAAGAAUUCUUGAAAAUGCAGUGCGAGUUGGAGAAUCUGUUUUACUUAAGGAUCUUGCUGAAACAUUGGAUUCAAGUUUGGAGCCAGUCUUAAAAAAGGAAGUCUACACCAAAGUAGGUAAAGAUUACAUCAGAAUUGCAGGUUCUGAAAUUGAAUACAACCACAACUUCAGAUUAUACAUGACAACACAAAAAGCCAACCCCCAUUUCCUCCCAGCAGUUUGUAACCUGGUCACAAUGAUCAACUUCACUGUAACAUUCCAAAGCUUGCAAGACCAUCUCUUGUCUACUGUAGUAAUUCAUGAGACACCCCAGUUAGAGCAACAACAUUAUCAGUUAUUUGAGAGUAUCUCUGCUGACCUAGUCAUGCUGCGAGACUUGGAACAAAAGUCUCUGACACUGCUACAGAAAGCAGAAGGGCACAUACUAGAUGACCAAGACCUCCUUGACAACUUAGAAAGAACAAAAGUUACUUCAAAAGAGAUCUCUGAACGCAUUGAAGCAUCAGCAAAAACAGAGGCCACCACUGAAAAAGCACGCAAAAGCUAUCUCCCUGUUGCAGCUCGAGGUGCUGUACUCUACUUUGUGGUAGCAGAUCUUGUUAAAAUCAACUAUAUGUAUCAGUUUUCACUGGAAUGGUUCCAUAAAAUCUUUGUAGAAUCUAUGGAGUCUGUAAAUAAACUUCAGAGGCAAAUUUCAAUGUCAGAUUCAACUUCUUCUGUAUCUGGAACAGUACAAGCCCCUAGUAGGCUAAGCGGAAGGGAGUUCAUUCAGAAGGACUGUGAAAAAUGUGAGGAUGAGAAAGACAACUUUAACAGACAUCUUAAAGAUAUAAUUGACCUGUUGACAAGUAAUGUUUAUAAGAUAGUUUCUUCUGCCCUCUUCACUGAAGACCAACUUUGCUUCUCUUUUCUGCUCUGUGCUACAAUCAUGCAAAGUAACUAUGGUGAAAAUCAAGUCCAUGAUGAACUUGGAUUCCUACCUGAAAAUGAAUGGAAAACCUUCCUCUAUUCUCACACAUUAUCUAUGAUAUUUGCCACACAAUCAGAGUCUGAAGAUAAAGGUUCAAAUAUGUUUAAUAAAAGUCCUCAUCUUUUGUGGAUGACUGAAUCUAUGUGGAAGGAAUGUCAAUAUAUGAGCGCUCAUCUGCAGCCUUUCAGUCUUUUGUGUGAAUCCCUUGUGUCAAAUUCCCAACAGUGGAGCUUCUUCCUAAACAGUGAUAAUUUAUAUUCUUUACUUAGCACCUGUUACAUGCCAGCAUCAUCACAGCAAGGUCUGCAAUCAGAAGUAAUGGAAGUAACCACUGAUCUCAAUCGUGACUUGGUAAAUUUUCCCUGGGAGAGUCUUUCUUCAUUUCAAAGACUUAUACUGAUAAAAAUUCUCAGACCAGAAAGUUUAAAUGGUGCAGUACAAGAAUUUGUCACUGAGAAAUUAGGAGCCAGGUUUCUUCAGACUAGAGGGACUAAUCUGAAAGAAGUUUAUGAAGACUCCUGUGCCAGCAGCCCUCUAAUAUUUAUUCAUUCUCCUGGAACAGACCCAACUGUUCAUCUCCUACGCCUUGCACAGGAAAUAAAAGGAAACACAAAGCAUGUGAAAAUGGUUUCUUUAGGACGUGGGCAGGGGAGCAAGGCUGAAGAGUUGAUAUAUCAAGCACAGACUGUGAGCGGACAAUGGGUGUUCCUCCAAAACUGCCACCUUGCUACAUCAUUUAUGCCCAGGCUUUGUACUAUUGUUGAUUCAUUUACCCAACCAAAUAUAAACAUGGACCCUCAGUUUAGACUUUGGUUAAGCUCCACACCCAAUCCUUCUUUCCCUGUUCCUAUUCUGCAGAAAGGUUUUAAGAUGGCAGUAGAACCACCUCAAGGUUUGAAAGGAAAAUUACUUCAAACAUUUGGGUACAGUGGCAGUGGAGAGGUAACUGAAAAUAUCUUCAACAAGGCUGCAUUUGGGCCAUCAUGGAAAAAGCUGCUUUUCAGUUUGUGUUUCUUUAAUGCUGUUGUCCAAGAAAGAAAGAAGUAUGGAGCUUUGGGCUGGAAUAUCCCGUAUGAAUUUAACUCUUCAGAUUUAGAGAUUUCUAUACAGAUGCUAAGAAUGCUUUUGAAGAGCCAAGAAAAGGUUCCUUGGCCAGCAUUGCGUUAUUUGACUGGAGAAGUAGCCUAUGGAGGUCAUGUGACUGAUCACUGGGACCGACGUUGCUUGCUCAGUAUUCUGGACAAUUUCUAUAAUCCUGCCAUUCUGCAGGAGGGUUUUGCUUAUUCUAGUGAUGGGGUUUAUAGACCAAUAUCUGAAACAGACAGCUUAGAGGAUUGCAGAAUAUAUCUAGAGUCUCUGCCAGACACAGAUUCACCAGAACUAUUUGGAAUGCAUACCUGUGCUGAAAGAGCCUUCCUGGCGUCUCAGGCACAAGCCCUUGUUGAUACCCUUGCCAGUUUGCAGCCAGGAGUCAUGACGGACACCCUGAUAAUCAGUGACAGAAAGAGCCAGGAUGAAUUAGUACUGGAAAGAGCAUCUGACAUUCUAAGGCAGCUGCCCCCGACUGUUGAGGAGCAAGAUACAGAACUGACACCUAGAAGUGAAAGCACCUCCAAAAGUAGAGUUACACUGGAGUGCCUCAUGUCAGGACCUACUUGGGCUGUUCUUGCAAAAGCCACUAAAGGACAUGAUCCCUUUAUGAAUUCAGCUUUGUUAACUGUUCUCCGGCAAGAGAUUGACCAAUUUAAUCAUUUACUGGCUGUAGUAAUUCUGUCAUUGCAAUCACUUCAACGUGCUGCUAAAGGGGAGAUUGUCCUCACCCAAGGGUUAGAAGAGCUUUAUCACUCAUUGCUGAGAUCCAGAGUACCUGAGCUUUGGCAGCAAUACUCCUAUAAGUCCUGUAAACCUUUGGGAUCAUGGAUUGAUGACCUUAUCUUGCGAGUGAAUUUCUUUGCAACCUGGGCACACCAGGCCAUCAGCUCUAUACAACUAAGGUAUAACAAUUUAAUGAUGUUGCAGAAGCAAGCCAAAGCAUCCGGGAUAUCAUUUUUGUCACAAAUAACUGAGAAUCCCAAUGUACCUAACACUGGCAUUCAAGGAUGCCCUAAUCAAUUCUGGCUUCCAGGAUUUUUCUUCCCACAAGGCUUUCUUACUGCUGUGCUUCAGAAUUAUGCCCGCCAGAACGGCAUACCAGUGGAUACUCUUACAUUUGUCCAUAGAGUUCUCCCAAUGACUGAGGAUGAAGAAUGUCAUCUUAGAGAUACAAAGCGAAAACAGAAUAUACUUCUCACUGCUUUUAAGGGAUCUUCCCACCCUGAAAAUGGUGUUCUAGUUUUUGGCUUAUAUAUAGAUAGUGCACGAUGGAAUACAACUACCAAUCUGCUGGAAGAGCCCUGGCUUCAGGAGAGAUUUUACCCAUUCCCCAAAAUGGUUUUUAUACCACACAAGGUUAGCACUUGUCCAGAAGAAAAAGACAACCUAAUGCUUUAUGAAUGUCCACUUUACCAAACUCCCCAAAGAGCUGGAAUACUGUCGUCGACAGCGUCUCUGCCUUGGGAGGAAGAACGACGUCUCCCUCUUGCUGGCCGGCCAGGAGACCGAGAUCUUGAUCUGCUCCCACCACGUCUAGAAGGAGAACUUGAAUUGCUUUUCCUAUGCUUAAAUGCUGAUACUGACUGA